GUGGUCCUCCGAGCCGCGAGGUGGCGCUGCGCUUGGAAGACUGUGUUUGAUGCCCGGGUUUCGGCUCUUGCCCGGAAAAGGGCCGCAAAUAACUGGCAGGGCGGCAUGUGGCUACUCCGAGGGUUGAAACUGAGAAGCGGUGGCUUUGGGCCCAGGUUUGUGUCUGGCUUCCUGGCCGGAUCGUUGUUUGGUUCCACCGGUUGUGCCCUAGCCCUGCACUGGUACAGGGAGCAAGAACCGGAGGAGGACCAGCGAGAGCAUAUAAAGGAUAAUUUGAUAGAAAAGUAUGGCUUGCCUGUGACAGGCACAGAUGUACGCCAUUGCACCAAUCAUGUAUCAUCGUAUGAUCAGGCUAAGCGGACUCCUCGAUGGGUUCUCGAGCAUAUUACAAAAGGAAAGCUGCAAGGGGAAGCAGAUCGGAAGCACUGCAAGUUUAAGCCAGAUCCCAACAUUCCGCCACUGUUCAGUGCGACGAACGAAGACUACAUCCGCAGCGGAUGGAGCCGUGGUCACAUGGCUCCAGCAGGAGACAACAAGUUCUCAGCGCAAGCCAUGGCAGAAACAUUCUAUCUGUCCAACAUUGUGCCUCAGAAUUUUGAAAACAAUGCUGGCUUCUGGAACAGGCUGGAAAUGUACUGCCGUGAGCUGACCCAGCGAUAUGAAAAUGUCUGGGUCAUUUCCGGACCUUUGACGUUGCCAUUAACACGUGCUGACGGGAAGAAAACUGUUACCUACCAGGUGAUAGGGAAGAAUGAAGUUGCUGUACCAACACAUCUAUACAAAAUCAUCCUCGUUCAGAAGGGCAAGGCACCCUCUGAAUUGUUGGCACUGGGAGCUUUUGUUGUGCCCAACAGCCCAAUUGGCUUUGACCACCAGUUGUCUGAAUAUCAAAUAGACCUCCAGGACCUGGAGAAGAUGUCUGGGGUCACUUUCUUCCCAGCCUUGGACAAAACCAAACAGUGCCAUGAUCUCUGCGAGACAGACACUUGCAAGCUGCUGAACUUUGCAGAGUUCACUCAGUACAUCACCGGGCGCAAAAUGAAGAAUGCCAGAACUUUGCAAGGGUUGGAGAAAAUCAUGGGCGAGCUCCGGGAAAGUGGGAUUGAGCCAGAUGAGUACCUGCAGAAUCUGUACCUGAAGAAAAAGCAAGAGGUGGAAUGGAAGGAAGCAGCUGAAAGCAGAGCAGCCAAAGCUGGUUAAACCAUGUAGACUUCAUGAGUGUGUACUGGCAUAAGAUGUACGCCGAUAUGCACUGGCAUACAGGUUAUGGGAUGGUACAGAACUAUGCUGUAUCUGCUUACAUAUGGAUGUAUAUUUUGUGCCGAGAUGUACUGCAUAAGGUACGUAUGUAUUGACCAAUACAGCAAGCACACUGCUUUAAUGUGUCUUCAGAUCACUGCUGAAAUGGUUUGUAGAUACAUACUUUCAUAGUAUGAGAUAUUAUUUGCUGACUGGCAUAGGAUAUGCAAAGUUAAAUGAUGAUGAGAUGACAGAAAUACUUUGACAAAGUAUAUGUAGAUAUGUGCUCCAAUAAGAAACAUGCUAUUAGAUAUGGCUGUAAACUAUGUGGUGUUUUGUACAGUUUUAUGUAGGUACCUAAUAAUAAAUUGUUUAUACCAAUAAAA